AUGAGAAUGGGAUACCUCAAAUAUUUCACAGGUGUACGCAGUUGGAAUAGUAAGUUACGAUCUGUUCCUUCAGUUUUAGACUUCAGCACGCCACUAGCACUACAGCUUUUAACUAAAGCGAUCGCAAAUUCCACAAUCUCCCGGAAGAUGACCUGCGAGCUGCAUGAGUUACUCGUUGCGAUUCCUCAUUGUUUAAUGAGAUAUAUCUGUCAAAAAGCUGCGCACAACAAUCCGGAAUUUCUCCUGACGAUCUCGAGUUUCCGACGGCCUGCUAUCGCCUUCCACUACCCCACCGCAUGUCUCUACCUAUAG